AAUUCAUCGUGAAUAAAAUGGGAGAACGUUUCAAAGAUCCGACUAAGAACUUCGUGUGCUCCUUCUUCAACUGCAAGGCUUCAUUUUCCAAGUCCUGGAAGCUGGAAGCUCAUUACUGCAAACACACCGGGCUGAGACCUUUCGCAUGUGAUAGCUGUGAUAAAAGUUUUUGCACCCGCUACCAGCUGACCAGGCACAAUCUGAGCCACAGUGGGAAGAAGCCGUACCAAUGUUUAGUGGAUGGAUGUUCUGAGGGCUUUACCAGUACUGCAGGGUUAAAGAACCAUGUUGAACGUGUGCACCAGCACAAGGAGACGCACUAUGUGUGUGACCAUGAGGGUUGUUUGAAAGCCUUCCAUAAGAAUAACCAGCUGAAGUCUCACAAAUGUGAGCACAUGAACCAGCUACCGUUCGAAUGUCAAUAUGAGGGCUGUGGGAAGAAGUAUGCGACCUCUAAAAAGCUGCAGAAACAUGAGAAAGUGCAUGAUGGUUAUCCGUGUGCUGAAGAGGGCUGUACCUUCCAGGGAAGAACGUGGACUGAGUAUCAGGCACACAGGAAAGCGGAGCACAGAGGUAACCUGCUCCAUCUGAGGAAAUCUUGUGAUCUUGUGUUUUUGAGUUAUAAUCUGCUUCUAUAUGCAGAGAUUCUGCAGUGUGACAGCUGUACCAAGGUUUUCCAUAAUGCCUGGUUCCUAAAGAAACACAAACUCCAUGUCCACAUGGGUGUACGCCGUGUCUUCAAGUGCACCAAGGAGGGAUGUCUGAAAACCUACUCAACCCAUUUCAACCUCCAGAAUCAUAUUCUUUCCUUCCAUGAGGGCAAGCGCUCCUUCAUCUGCUCUCAUGACGGCUGUGGGAAAGCGUUCGCCAUGGAGGAGAGUCUGAAGAGACAUGCUGUAGUCCAUGACCCUCAGAAGAAAAAGAUGCAGAAGGCCAAAAAAGGACAGAAGAAAAAGAAGAAACCCAAGGCGAACGUUUCGAAUGCCUCUGAACUGUCUGCACAGCUGAAACAUCUCUCUCUAAACCAGUCCAGGUCCCAGAACGUGCCCUGAAUCUCAUGCAGUCAGUGAGAACUUCCUCGUUCGUCGACUCUACCUUCACUAUCCCGCAUAAUUCCAUUUAAAAAAAAAAAA